UGUUAUGAUCAAGGAAUGGCGCCCUUAAGAGCAUCCAUUGACAACUGAAGCCAGGAUGUCGCCAUAUUUUCUGAAGACACCUUCCGGGUCCCUUAACCCGGCUAAAUCCAAGGUGCCAUGAAGUGAAUAAACACCGAGGGAUUUUGUUUGUCCCCAUCACAACCCCCGAAUCCCUAGCUACCAGCUACCUCGGUGCCCUCGACUGCGUUCGGACGCCAAGGCUGGGCGGGGCCCCGACCUCCGGAGCCCUUCCUGCGGACGACGAAAGCUGAGGCCGCGCGCAGGGAGGCGGUGGCCUCGGGGACAGGACGGCCACUGCUCGGGGCCGGGAGGCCCCAUGGCGCCGCCCCCAGCCCCGCUUCUGGCGCUGAGACCGGGGGAGACCGGGCAUGGUUACAAGAAGCCCGGGGCCGUGAGCUUCGCGGACGUGGCCGUGUACUUCUCCCCGGAGGAGUGGGGCUGUCUGCGGCCCGCGCAGAGGGCCCUGUACCGGGACGUGAUGCGGGAGACCUACGGCCACCUGGGCGCGCUCGGAUUCCCAGGCCCCAAACCAGCCCUCAUCUCUUGGAUGGAACAGGAGAGUGAGGCUUGGAGCCCCGCCGCCCAGGAUCCUGAGGAGGGGGAAAGCCUGGGAGGAGCUCUGAGAGGAGACACCCCAAACAAGAAGAAAGCAGCACGGGAGGAAGGGCGGGGAGCCAAGGGACCCAGAAAGACUCCCGGCAAGGAGCCUUCGAAAGAGCUGGUUAAACACAACCCUGACUGGGCCGUCAGAAAAGUUUCCAGCAGAGCACAGCCGGCCACCAGUGCUGCCUGGAACCAGAACACAGGCGUGCAGUCCUCAGCCCCAGCGCCCAGCGUGGACACUCAGGACAGCCAGCGGCGUCACGUGUGUGCAGACUGUGGCCGCCGCUUCACCUACCCCUCCCUUCUGGUCAGCCACCGGCGGAUGCACUCAGGGGAGCGGCCCUUCCCCUGCCCCGAGUGCGGCAUGCGCUUUAAGAGGAAGUUUGCUGUGGAGGCGCACCAGUGGAUCCACCGCUCCUGCUCUGGGGGGCGGCGGGGCCGGAGGCCCGGCAUUCGGGCUGUGCCUCGUGCUCCCGUGAGGGGUGACCGGGACCCACCUGUGCUGUUCCGACACUACCCAGACAUCUUUGAGGAGUGCGGCAUGGAAUUGCAGUGGCGACCAGAAGCCGCUCUUCUGACCUCCCAGGUUGCUGUUCCACAUACUACUUCACAUUUCAACUGCAUCUUGGUAACCUGGCUUCAAUCCUACCUCGCUCUGUGGUUGUUGACACUGUACCUUGAAUUAUUCGAAGCAUUACAGCGUGGGUUUCUGGAGUUAGACUGUCUGGGUUUGAAUCCUGGCUUCCUGACUUACAAGCUGGGUGGCCUGGGGCAAGGUCACCCCUCUGUGCUCGUUUCCUGAUCCAGAAGGGCAGUUAUCGCUGAGGGAUGGUGAGAGUUCAGUGAGUUAACAGGCGCGAGCACUUUGAACAGUCUGGCAUAUACUAAGUAAUCAAGUGAGGUAAACUAACAUGAUUGAUGUCUUAGUCCUAGCACAGAACCAACUGCAGCCUGGCAUAGUCCGCAAUUGUUAGAGGAGCUUGGAUUUGGGAAGUCUGGGGGCACCUUCACAGAGUGUUGAAACAAAUGAGCCAGGUGAUUCAGUAACUCCUCUACUUUCUACACAAUCAUCACUUACACGGAGAAUGGAGUUCAGUAGGGGUCAGUACAUUCAAAGUCUUCAGUUGCUUUCCUGGAACAGGCCUGGAGGAGGCAGCGCGAGAUGGUGGAAAAGGCUCAAAUUGAAGAGUCUGAAGCGGCUCAGGCACUAAUGGGAGGCCCAACCUUGGUAACCACCAGGCUUCAGUUUCCUCUUCUGUCAAAUAGCUGAACUCCAAGGCAUUCAGAGGCCUUUGGCCCAGUGUCCUCGGUUAAAGAGCUAGCAAAUGUAUGGAAAUAGGCUAUAUCUGGAGGGAUGUUCAAGAAAGUGAUAAUAGAAGAAAAGGGUGGGGGGAGACGUCACAGAAUAUUACGAUGUAACUUGUAAAUGAAAAAAAGUUGAGAAAUGAACUAGCUUGCCAAAAUAAAUUUUAUUUUAAGACCAGGUCAUUGAAUGGGCUUUCUGAAGGGGCCUGGGAGAGAGUCACCAGGCCGAGGGCCCCCUGAAUCCUGGCCCCUUUUCCCCUCUUUCGGACCCCUAGCCGUUGGCUGCCGUCACAGUCCGGAGCCUCCUCCCCUCUCCCCCGGAGGACCCGAGCACGGACGCCGAAGCGGCCGCGGCCAUCUUAACUGUGGGCAAGUGGCGCUCCCAAGGCGGCUUGCGGAACAGAAAAGACAGCUCGAGAGCGUAAUUAACCAGGUCAUCAAUACCAGGCCGACAGUGACUCUGCUAAAUGCUUCUCCAAAAUUGAAAAAGUACUGGAAUGCCACCAUCUUUUCUAAGGGCGCCUUCAUUUUGUCUGUCGUGGAACCACCGAGUUCGCGGAACCGACUUUUUCUAGCUGUCCUAGAGCGGCCACAUCCAGGUUACUUCCGGUCGCCUAGCUCGCUGGAGGCCGGAUCCUGGGCGUCCCCUGCCCGGUGCGGGGCAGCAGUUGGGGAGGGGCGUUUGGGUCCCUUGUCUUGCUCCCGGCUGCGUGCUGAGGUGCCCGCGAAGGCCGGCCGGAAGGAGGAGGGGGAGAAUACCUAGGGCCGUGAACUUCGUGAAGGUAGCCGAAGAUUUCUUUCCCGAGGAAUAGGGGUGUCUCCGGCCCGCGCUGAGGCCUACGUGCCUAGACGUGAUGCGGGAGAUCGAUAGCCACCUGGGAGGUCCGGCCAUCCCGGGUGUCUGAAAAGGGAGAGGGUCGGAUGGGAUGCGGAGUUCUGAGUGCCGGACUCGGCCUCACUCCUCCUCUCGGAUGACUUCGUUUCCCGUGACCCCCGCCAGAUCGGCCCAGCUGAAAUUUGCAACUGAGCGACUUUGGCAGGCUCUUCCGUGGUUUCUCAGGACUUCUGCAAAAAGUUCAGAACCUGUGUACCACAGCGUGAAAG